CUUAUUUCUCGUCACUCACGGUACACAUCUUCGCCCUCAUUUUCUUUCUACCCACCGCAUCGUCUCCUUAUCACUCUGCUCUAGCCGUAUUCGUGCUGCUCAAGUUUUCUUUGCGCUCGCUCUCCACUUGUUCUUUGCAUCGCACGAUUGUUUCGUUUUCCCAAGUUUCACAAUGGCACGUACCAAGCAGACAGCCCGUAAAUCUACCGGAGGUAAAGCUCCCAGGAAGCAGCUGGCCACCAAGGCUGCGAGGAAAUCCGCCCCGACCACCGGAGGUGUGAAGAAGCCGCACCGUUAUCGUCCAGGAACAGUCGCUCUUCGAGAAAUCCGUAAGUACCAAAAGAGCACGGAGCUAUUGAUCCGUAAGUUGCCGUUUCAGAGAUUGGUUCGCGAGAUCGCUCAAGACUUUAAGACCGAUCUGCGUUUCCAGAGCCACGCUGUCCUAGCCCUUCAGGAGGCAGCAGAGGCCUACCUGGUUGGUUUGUUUGAGGAUACCAACUUGUGUGCCAUCCAUGCAAAGCGGGUGACAAUUAUGCCCAAAGACAUCCAACUGGCCAGGAGAAUCAGGGGAGAGAGGGCGUAGGCUGUGAAAUCCCUGUGUAGAUUUUAUGCAAAUAUGAAACCAAAAAAGUACCAAAAAAAAUAAAAUAAAAUCAAUUUGGGGUUCUUUUGAACCCACCAAA